UCACUCUUAAAAGAGUUAGACGGAAUUCGCUUUAGAUGCAUUUUACUUUUAAAGGAGUCAUUUGGUAGCGCGUCUCAACUUGGAUGUACGUUAGAUUUUACCGAUGGAUUUCUAUAACCAUUCCAAUUUUUCUCUCGGAGACAACAACAGUUCAACAACAACCGCUGUAGACAGGGCCCUUCAUUGCAGUGCCAUCCUCCCCGUCAUUUUUGGCAUCAUCUGUUUUCUGGGUAUUAUGGGGAACUGUAUUGUCAUGUACACCAUCAUGAAGAAGACCAAGUGCCGUGCAAAACAAACUGUUCCGGACAUCUUUAUCUUAAACGUGUCAAUUGUUGAUCUCCUGUUUCUCCUUGGGAUGCCAUUCCUCAUCCACCAGUUGCUGGGCAAUGGUACCUGGCACUUUGGAGCCACAAUGUGUACGGUCAUCACUGCGCUUGACUCCAAUAGCCAGAUUGUUAGCACUUACAUCCUCACUGCAAUGACCAUCGACCGCUACUUGGCUACGGUCCAUCCCAUCCGCUUCAACUAUGUCCGUACACCCUGUGUGGCAGCGCUGGUCAUUGGCCUGAUGUGGGGUCUAUCAUUACUCACCAUCAUCCCUGUGUGGAUGUAUGCAGGUCUGAUGCCUCUUCCAGAUGGCAUGGUGGCCUGUGCGCUCCUCCUGCCUGAUCCAGUCACUGACACAUACUGGUUUACACUUUACCAGUUCUUCUUAGCCUUUGCUAUACCCUUAGUUAUCAUCUGCCUGGUGUUCUUCAAGAUCCUGCAACACAUGGCCACCAGCGUGGCACCGCUGCCUCCACGGAGUUUGAGGGUGCGCACCAGGAAGGUGACCCGGAUGGCAGUGGCCAUCUGCCUGGCUUUCUUCAUUUGCUGGGCUCCUUACUACAUCCUCCAGCUUGUCCACCUGGGGGUGCAGAAGCCAAGCCUCGCUUUCUCCUAUGCGUACAACAUAGCCAUCAGCAUGGGCUAUGCUAACAGUUGCAUCAACCCAUUCCUCUAUAUUAUCCUCAGCGAGACCUUCAAGAGGCAGUUUCUCAGGGCUGUACACCCGGGUAAUAGAAAGUUUUGUGUGAACCCAAGCACCACUGAUGGUGGCAGUGUGAGUGUGAGAAUGGUACAUGAUGGAGCUCAGCAGGAGCCAGCCACUGGGGAGAUGAUACCAUCCAGCGUGGCCCCGCAAUGAAUAAGCAUCAGUGGCUAAUAAUCAAAAUAACUUUAUCACCAUGUGUCGGUGCAAUUGAUACGCAUGAAUGGGACAUUGGAGCAAGAACAUAUAUAUAUAUAUAUAUAUAUAUAUACAUACAUGAACAGUAUUGUCUGCACAUUAACUCCAAUUGACCAUUUCAUUUAAUCAGUAUUCUAUGUAUUUUCUGCCAAGACCUGAAUAAAAAUGUUGUAUCCUAUCAUUCAUUAUUGUGCAAAGCCCAAUGUCACUGAUUCACACAGCUUCAUUUUUUACACACCUUGAUGUUGUUUCAGUUCAGUGGUUCACACCUGUGGGUUUGCACCUACGUAGCCAAGUCAAUAAAACCUAUUCGUUUUGUGCAGUUGAACAUAAUCAUAUCUGACAAUCCUGUGACCUUCAUCCUUCUAAAAUGACAGAUAGACAUAUAUUUAAACAAUCGCACCCAGCAGGCAGAGGGUGAAGCAGACUGCAUAGUUUCUCAGUAUUAAAGGUGUGUUCAGAUGGCAAACAAAGCAUAAUUCAUCUUGGCUUCAUUCACAAGGGAUUUUGUAGUAUUUGUUUCAUGAACACAAACAGACAGUGGAAGUGACAGUACAGACAUUUGCUGCCAGCUAACAACAUGCAUUGACUCUAUGAACGCCAGAUGUUCCUCUGGGGAACAUCCUCUGGUGUUCAUCUGGCGUUCUUAGAGUCUUUUUUUCCUCUCCACCCUAGUUUUUUUUUUCUUUCACUCACAUCUUUCAAUUGACUUUGUAAAAUCUGCUUAAUGUUUAUUUCUGAACACACCAUUACAUGACUGGUGAAGAUUUAAUAUCCAGUAUGAAAAUCAUUUUUCAUGGGUUGAAAAACAGCGGCCGUAUCCUUUAACAUUUUCUUUCUUCCAGACUGGAUCAUCGUCAGGUCAAAUUGUUUUUAAAUCGUAACUACACCUAAAUUUCAAUAGGUCAAGACUGAUAUGCUAUUGUGUGACAACAAGUUGAAAAGUAACUGUCGUAAAAUAAUUGCUGCUCAUGGAAGCAAAUACUACUCUAUAAUUACACACACACCAACACACACACACAUGUAAUGUAAGGAGACUGUGCAGGACAAGAAGUGCAGUACACGAUAUGAUACACACUAUACACAGUCGAUAUAAUUUCACUGUGUGCAUCAAUGCAGCAAACCAAGCAGCUGAGAUUUCAUCUGUGCAUGGGCGAAACAAACAGCAGACAGUACCGUACAUGAUUGUUGUACAGAAAAUGAAAAGAGAGAGGAGUUUGUGUAUAAAGAUUUGUGCAGAUGUUACCGGGGUUGUCGUGAUUCAUUCUUGUUUGUUCUCAUGUCCUGUGAUUUUCUGAUGUCAUAUCUAAACUCUGAAGACAUGGAUGCUUGAAGAUUAGGAUGCAGACUGGAACCUAAAGUGUUAAAUAGAAGGAUGCAUCAGAUUCAGACAGUAAUUUAAGUAUAUGACAUGGUUAAAAUCCAACAGCAUUCACCUUAACUAGGAAAAAAGUAGGGGAGUAGAGUAGGCAGGUUUUUGUUACUCUGUAUAUCUGUGUUACUCUGUAUCUGUUUCAACAGUGCUUUUAUUUAAUGUUGCUUUUGAAUACUUUUUAAGCUAUAUUUGGUUGUACUUGUCUGUUUGCAUGAUAUGUAGGAUUAUUUGGCAAAUUGUAAAGCAGUUGUUUCAGGAAUUCAGGAGCAGUUAUGAUCACAAAAAAAAAUCAACAAAAUCCAUCCAGUGCAUACAGUUGUGGCAGUUGUGAGAGCUCUAAAAAAAAAAGUCUGACUUAACACACUUAGCAUGUGUAAAAUAAUACAUUUGAGAGCUAUUCUUAAGUACAAUAGUUAUUUGUCAAACAGUGAAAGUUGUACUGAUUAGUGUUGAUUCAGUCCAAAAGUCAAAUCCACAAAUAUGAAUGAAGGGCUGAGUUCUGGAUGAGCUCAUAUGUAACAAUUUGUAAAAGAGUGCCAUUUUGCUGCUUUGGUGUUGUUAAUGUUGUUGUAUAGAUAUUAUGUCAUAUCUUAAUAUGUACAGUUAUGAUGGUGAAAUUAUUUGGGGAGGGUUAUUGAUGUAAACAGAAAAUAUGAAACUCAGGGUUUCUCAGCCUUUUCAACAAUUUUCGAUUUCUCAAAAUUGUCUUGUUACCAGCAAUGAGAGUUGUCAAGUCAUUGUCAGUGAAAUUGUUUACUUUUGCAUUGUAUUUUCAUGAGGGCAGAGAAAGCUCUGUAUUGAUUGUACACAGCAAUUUUGAAUUAAAAAAACAAAAAAAAAUCGAAAAUAUAUCCAACAAAUUGUUUGUUAGUCUUUGAAAUCCCCCAUGACCCCACCUGCUUAUUGAACCACCUGUAGGUGUCCUGACACCAAGGAUGAGAAACUCUGUUGUUCUUGUUUGUUAUGAGGCAAAAGAAAAAGUCGAAUGUGAAACUUUGCUUAGCUGUUGAUUAAACGAUAAUUUGUGGCCCACUCUGUCUGUACUGUUGUGAACAUUGGCAGCUUAAUAGAUUAAUAUGCAUACUGUAAAAGAUAUUUUAAUAUUAAUUA